GGUAACAACUAUAUCAAUCACUGGCAGGUGCGUGCGCUCACGGAACCAUUCAAAUAUGUUUAUUUGUUCCGGGGGAAGGGUUUCGGCGACGUACUGGUCUGGGACAUCUUCCAAAAAAAGUCGUUUCAUGACAUAAGGUAUAAGUUUGUAGCGAAAGCAAAAAUCAUUCGCGUCGUGCAAAGCAUGGCCGAGACCAAUGAAAACUUGAAGAACUACGAGGAGAUGUUUGCCAACAGAUUUUCACAGGACGACAAAGAAUACCAGCAGUAUCUGAAUCGUCCAGCUGACAUCCCACCCAUCGUCGAGGACUGGAGGAGUCGUGGAGGUGGAAACCACAGAGGCAGGGACAGGUACCAGGACCGUCGAGGUCGUGGUUGGGGAGGAGGUCGAGGUUGGGGAGGAGAACAUCGUGGGCAGCAACACUGGCAUGACAGAGACAGAGACAGGCACUGGGGGCAUGGAAGUGGGUAUCAAUCAGGCCCUCCAAGCUCCAACCAGGGAUACAACUCCUAUCAUCAGAGACCACAUUAUGACCGCUGAUCUCUACUCUAAUCUCUCGGCUGUUAACAGUAUUCACAGUCUUACAACUUACAUUCUUGACUCAUAAGCUGAGUAUAAGGCACAAGGGUUGAGCAAUAUUAAUAAUGUACUGUCGAUCAUUGUAAUUGUGUGGAACUUUUUUUAAAUAUUGUGACAGUUUUUUUGUCAGAAUUAAAAAUACAAAGCCAAUACGUAGUCCAAUCUUUCCCAGAAUUAUUUCUGAAAAGUGACAGCAGAAGAUAACAGAUCCUGUUUGAUUUCCACUUACCUUUUACUAUACCAAAAUACAGCCAUUCUUUCGGACAUAUAUAGCUCAGCCCUGUAAUCAUAAUACAUAUUCAUUACAUUUUUGGAAAUGAUAAUAAGAACAUAGUUGUAGUUUUCAAUACUGGCGCUCAUUAAAAAUGACAAAAGUAACACAUUUCUCAUAAAAUUUUGGCUGUUUUGAUUAUUACAUUAUACGUUGGACUUUUGUGUUCAGAUAGUUUUGCAGCUACAUCUUUACAUGCUUUUUGGGUACAGUAUUGCAAAGAGUGAAUCUGAAUUUCCAGACAAAAUCUGUUUGUAAUGCAGCUUUAUUUUUUGUGUCACAACAUUGUAUAAGGAUACUGAUGAACUGUUUUUAAUAAACAGGUAUUUUCU